AUGUACCGUAAUUUAUGGGUUGAAUAUUCAAACUUUAUUUCUGCGGCUCUUGCACAAUGGAAAGGUGCCAAGAUUUUGGAGUUCUCCAUAUUCUUCCCUUCUUUUCGUUCGGAAUCAUAUAGCGAUAUUGAUUCGUGGCUGCGUUUUGCGAUCGAAAAACAAGUGGAAAAGCUAACUAUUUCUAGGAAGUGGAUUUUGUCAUUUGUGGGAUUUGAUUUGAACGCAAACUCAUGUUGCUACUUGCAGUUUCUUGUUGACACGAAGAAGAACAACAUGCCUGUUCAAUUCCCGAAUGCUGAGUUUCUAAAACUAUGUGUUUAUAAUGACCAUCAGAUGCUUGAUGUUCUUGUUGUUCUUGAGAGCUUUCCUAAGCUCAAGACGUUAAUUGUUCAUCAGAAUGGUUAUAUGCAUAACUCGGUGGCGUCUGAGAUGGCUUUCCGUAGUCCGUCUCUGCUACAUCUACAGAGAGUUGAGAUUUACAUACAUGAAAACCAUUUCUCAAUAUCUCCAUUGGUAAAAUUUCUGUUGGAAAAUGCUCAAGUGCUUGAAAAGAUGGUGGUUCAACCCCACGGAGAGCAAUAUGAUCAAGAGGCGUUUACUUCGGCUUUAAAGGAGCUUCUGGGAAUGCGGAGAUCUUCUCCUUAUGCAGAGGUGAUCAUAAGCCCAGAUUAAUACAUUAUAACUUAUCUGCUUCGAGAGGAGUAG